ACUACAAAUCCCGGCGGCCCCCGCGCCGCGGCUUCAGCGGCUGCCGCCUCAGCUCCUGUGCAGCGACGGCGGCGGCCGCAGCUGAGGCGGUGGCGGCGGUGGCGGCAGCAGCAGCAGCAGCAGCAGCGGCAGCGGUGGCGGCUGCAGGGUGAGCGGCGAGUUUCCGAUUUAAAGCUGAGCUGCGAGGAAGAUGGCGGCUGGCGGAUCAAAAUACUUGUUGAACAGUGAACACAGAGACCAAUAAAAAUAACUGCUACCUGAACAUCAUUUGGCUGGUUAGCCAGUGUGCACAAGAGACUUGCAAAAAUCAUCUCUGAUUGGAUUAUGUUUAACCUGGAAGGUCGUUCAAGUAUCAUUUCCAGUUAAACAGUGAAUUGGGUUGCUGAUGUAUGUUCAAGAUGAGUGGACUAGGAGAAAGCUCCUUGGAUCCUCUGGCCAGUGAAUCGCGAAAGCGCAAGCUGCCGUGUGACACCCCGGGACCAGGUCUUGCCUGCACGGGUGAAAAGUGGAGACGGGAGCAGGAGAGUAAAUACAUCGAAGAAUUGGCGGAACUGAUAUCUGCAAAUCUUAGUGAUAUUGACACUUUCAAUGUCAAACCAGAUAAAUGUGCGAUUUUAAAGGAAACAGUAAGACAGAUUCGUCAGAUAAAAGAGCAAGGAAAAACUAUCUGCAAUGAUGAUGACGUUCAGAAAGCUGACGUGUCUUCCACGGGUCAGGGAGUGAUUGACAAAGACGCCUUAGGACCCCUGUUACUUCAGGCAUUGGAUGGUUUCCUGUUUGUGGUGAAUCGAGAUGGAAACAUUGUGUUUGUGUCAGAAAAUGUUACACAAUAUCUGCAGUAUAAGCAGGAGGACCUGGUUAACACAAGUGUCUACAACAUCUUACAUGAAGAAGAUAGAAAGGAUUUUCUUAAGAACUUACCAAAAUCUACAGUUAAUGGAGUUUCCUGGUCAAAUGAGACCCAGAGACAAAAGAGCCACACAUUCAAUUGCCGUAUGUUGAUGAAAGCAGCGCAUGGUCUUCUGGAGGAUAUAAACACCAGUCCUGAGAUGCGCCAGAGAUAUGAAACAAUGCAGUGUUUUGCCCUGUCUCAGCCCCGGGCUAUGAUGGAGGAGGGAGAAGAUUUGCAGUCCUGUAUGAUCUGUGUGGCACGCCGCAUUACCACGGGAGAGAGAGCGUUUCCGUCUAACCCCGAGAGCUUUAUUACUAGGCACGAUCUUUCAGGAAAGGUUGUCAACAUAGACACAAAUUCUCUGAGAUCCUCCAUGAGGCCUGGCUUUGAAGAUACCAUCCGAAGGUGUAUCCAGAGGUUUUUUAGCCUUAAUGAUGGGCAGCCAGGGACCCAGAAGCGUCACUAUCAAGAAGCGUAUAUACAUGGCCAUGCAGAAACCCCAGUAUAUCGGUUUUCCCUGGCUGAUGGCACUAUAGUGACAGCACAGACAAAGAGCAAACUCUUCCGGAAUCCUGUAACAAAUGACCGGCAUGGCUUUGUGUCAACUCACUUUCUUCAGAGAGAACAGAAUGGGUAUAGACCAAACACAAACUCUGUUGGACAAGGCAUUAGGCCUCCUGCACCUGCGUGUAACAGUUCUGUGGGUGGCAUGAACAUGUCACCAAACCAAGGCUUACAGAUGCUGAGCAGCAGGGCCUAUGGUUUGGCAGACCCCAGCCCCACAGGGCAGAUGAGUGGAGCCAGGUAUGGGGGUUCCAGUAACAUAACCUCACUGACGCCUGGGCCAAGCAUGCAGUCGCCAUCUUCGUACCAGAGCAGCAGCUAUGGGCUCAGCGUGAGCAGCCCCCCCCACGGGAGUCCUGGUCUGGGCCCCAGCCAGCAGAGCAUCAUGAUUUCUCCUCGUAACCGCGGUAGUCCAAAGAUGGCGUCACAUCAGUUUUCUCCUGUUGCAGGGGUGCACUCUCCCAUGGGAUCUGCCAGCAGCAGCGGGAGCCACAGCUUUUCCAGCAGCUCUCUCAGUGCCCUGCAAGCCAUCAGCGAGGGCGUGGGGACUUCUCUCUUAUCCACUCUGUCUUCACCAGGCCCCAAAUUAGACAACUCUCCAAAUAUGAAUAUAGCCCAGCCAAGUAAAGGGAGCAGUCAGGAUUCCAAAAGUCCCUUAGGCUUCUUUUGUGAGCAGAACCCAGUGGAGAGUUCAAUCUGCCAGUCAAACAGUAGAGAUCACCUCGGUGACAAAGAGGGUAAGGAGGGUGGUGCUGAGGGGCCAGAGAGUCAGCGGGGCCCUUUGGAGAGCAAAGGCCACAAGAAACUACUGCAGCUGCUCACCUGUUCUUCUGACGACCGCGGCCACUCCUCCCUGACCAACUCCCCGCUCGACUCCAGUUGUAAAGACUCCUCCAUUAGCGUCACCAGCCCCUCUGGAGUCUCAUCCUCGACCCCGGGGGGCGUGUCCUCCACCUCCAACAUGCACGGGUCACUGCUGCAGGAGAAGCACCGGAUUUUGCACAAGUUGCUGCAGAAUGGGAACUCGCCAGCCGAAGUCGCCAAGAUUACUGCCGAGGCCACCGGGAAGGACACCAGCAGCGCGGCGUCCUGCGGGGAGGGGAGUGUCAAGCAGGAGCAGCUGAGUCCCAAGAAGAAGGAGAACAACGCGCUCCUCAGGUACCUGCUGGACAGGGAUGACCCCAGCGACGCGCUCGCCAAAGAGCUGCAGCCCCACCUAGUGGAAAGCAAAGGGAACCCGUGCAGCAGUUCCUCCACUCCCAGCUCGAGUCAGGAGAAGGAAUCGAAAGUCAAGACGGAAACGAGUGAAGAGGGAUCUGGAGAGCUGGAUAAUCUGGAUGCUAUUCUCGGUGAUCUAACUAGUUCUGACUUCUACAACAAUUCUAUAUCCACAAAUGGCAGUCAUCCAGGGACUAAGCAACAGAUGUUUCAAGGAACGAAUUCUUUGGGUUUGAGAAGCCCACCGUCUGUGCAGUCCAUUCGUCCUCCGUACGGCCGAGCGGCGUCUCUAGACAGCCCUGUUUCUGCUGGCUCAAGUCCUCCAGUGAAGAACAUCAGUGCUUUUCCCAUGUUACCAAAGCAGCCUGUGUUGGGGGGGAACCCCAGAGUGAUGGAUACCCAUGAAAGUUAUGGCUCAAAUACGGGUGGACCAAACAGAAAUGUGCCUGUGAAUCAGACUCCUCCUUCGGGAGACUGGGGUGUGCCGAGCUCAAAGGCUGCCAGAAUGGAGCCUAUGAGCUCCAGCCCCAUGGGAAGAGCAGCAGAUUACAACGCGUCUUUAUCCAGACCUGCCCUGGGGGGCUCUGUGCCCUCCUUGCCUCUGCGGUCCGACAGCAUCCCGGGCGCGAGACCCAUGUUGCAGCAGCAGCAGCAGCCCCAGCAGCAGAUGGUUCAAAUGAGGCCUAGUGAGAUUCCCAUGGGAAUGGGGGUCAAUCCCUAUGGCCAAGCAGCACCGCCUAACCAGUCAGGUUCCUGGCCAGAUGGCAUGCUGUCCAUGGAACAGGGCCCGCAUACCACUCAAAAUAGGCCCCUUCUUCGGAAUUCCCUGGAUGAUCUCCUCGGACCACCUUCUAACCUGGAGGGCCAGAGUGAUGAGAGAGCACUGCUGGACCAGCUGCACACUCUGCUGAGCAACACAGAUGCCACAGGCCUGGAGGAGAUUGACCGAGCCCUGGGCAUCCCUGAACUUGUGAGUCAGGGACAAGCUCUGGAGCCCAAACAGGAUGCUUUCCCAGGCCAAGAAGCAGCAGUGACGAUGGAGCAGAAGGCAGCGUUGUAUGGGCAGCCGUACCCUGCACAGGGGCCUCCCAUGCAAGGAGGCUUUAAUCUGCAGGGACAGUCACCGUCCUUUAACUCCAUGAUGACUCAGAUGAGCCAGCAGGGCGGCUUCCCUCUCCAAGGAGCGCACCCCAGGGCCAACAUGAUGAGGCCCCGGACAAACACCCCCAAGCAGCUCAGAAUGCAGCUCCAGCAGAGGCUGCAGGGCCAGCAGUUUUUGAAUCAGAGCCGUCAGGCACUCGACAUGAAAAUAGAAAACCCAGCUGCUGGCGGUGCUGCAGUGAUGAGGCCCAUGGUGCAGCCCCAGGUGAACUCCCAGCAGGGCUUUCUGAAUGCCCAGAUGGUUGCCCAGCGCAGCAGAGAGCUGCUGAGUCAUCACUUCCGGCAGCAGAGGGCGGCCAUGUUGAUGCAGCAGCAGCAGCAGCAGCAGACCCGAGCCUUCAGCCCGCCCCCUAAUGUGACCGCCUCCCCCAGCAUGGAUGGGGUCUUGGCAGGACCUGCGAUGCCACAGGCGCCACCACAGCAGUUUCCUUAUCCACCAAAUUACGGAAUGGGACAGCAGCCAGACCCAACCUUUGGAAGAGUGUCUAGUCCUCCUAAUGCAAUGAUGUCAUCGAGGAUGGGUCCUUCCCAGAACCCCAUGCUGCAGCACCCUCAGACUGCACCCAUGUAUCAGUCCUCAGAGAUGAAGGGCUGGCCGUCAGGAGGCCUGGCCAGGAGCAGCUCCUUUGCCCCGCAGCAGUUCGCGCACCAGGCGAGCCCUGCAGCGUUCGGGAUGGUGCACAUGAACGGCAGCGCUGGCCACUUGGGACAGAUGAGCAUGGGCCCCGUGCCCAUGGCCGGCAUGCCCCUGGGUCCUGACCAGAAGUACUGCUGACGUCUCGAUACCAGGCCCUCUAAGGAGAUCAGUAUACAGAUGACACUGCACGUGGACUGUCGGGAGGGAAGACUCGUUCUGCGCGGGCCGACUUGAAGAAGGGGCCGGCGUGAGCCCCGUCAAGGGAGUUCCAAGUGAUGCCGUGUGAGCAGGACUGGAUUGAAGCUGAAGCGCAGCACCUCCCUGUACUCCCCACCCUGUGCACCUGACGGUCUGCCUCCGAGGGAUGUAAUCCUGGAGACAUGGAGUGCCACUUCUUUCUGCCUUGAUAGCCAAAGUCUCUCAAAUAGGUGGGCCAGACAACAUUGGAGAGGCAGAGGAGAACAUGUGGCUUCUCUCUGCAGUGCUGGACAAAGAGCACAGUUCCCCGCGUCCUGUUUCGUCUCCAAGUGGUUCCUUUGGAAUUGGCCUCUCCUGCCCUGCCCCUGGCUGGCGUGGAGCGACUCUGUCCCUUGUCUGUGUCCUGGGCUUUCUCCUCAAGACUGAUCUGCCCCCAUGUUCUGUAACCUUCACCUCGGGGACCUGUCACCGAUGCUAGAUGGCUUUCAGAAGGGAAGAUGAGAUGACAGUAUUUAAUUGCAGCAGUAGCAAAGUGUUCACAUGCUCAUGUGCAGCCGCGUGCACUUUAUUUAGAAAGUAAUGGAUAAAUGCAAUAUUCUUGCGGUCUUGAGGAAUGAACCACAUUCCUGGUUUUUGUCUAAUCUCUUGGACAAGAACUAUGAUUUUUUAAAGAAUAUUAGUGUCACCCUUUGCCUAUAUGGUAGAGCAAUAAUGCUUUUUGAAAAUAAACUCUGAAAACUCAAGGCCAGGUACUGCAUUCUGAAUCAGAAUUUCACAGUGUUUCUGUGAAUAUUUUUUUUGUAAAUAUGACCUUUAAGAUAUUGUAUUAUGUAAAAUAUGUAUAUACCUUUUUUUGUAGAUCACAACUCAUUUUUACAAAGUUUGUGAAGCGAAAUAUUUAACAUUGUUGAUUUCUGUAAGCUCAGUGUGGCGUGGCUGCUGGCACACGGGCCACCCCCCCCCCAAGUUGUGCAGCGGGGGGCCGGGGGGAGGUGAAGGCAGCCUGUCCUCCGCCAGCCUUUGCCGCCUCACCCUUUUCAAUCUCCCAAUCUCAAUGCUUUUUAAGAGAUCAUUUGUUUAGAUGUAGGCAUUUACAUUUUAAAUUCCUCUACCAGAACUAAGCACUUUUGUUAAUUUUGGGAAAGAAUGGAUAUGGGGAAAUAAACACUUAAAGUCAGGAAUUAAAAACAAGCAAUUUGACUUAAAAGGAAUCUCUUGGAUUUUAAGCAGUCUAUACCAGUAGCGAUUAUUAUUUUUAAUUGUCUUUUCAUCCAUUCUAGGAGUGCACUAAGACUUUGGUUGCUAGGAUCUGCAUCCCACAUUGAGGUCGCAGGAGUGCAAGCCUGGCGCGCUUCCUGGUGUCUGCUCCGCUGCCUUGCCAUUCUGCUCACACCGCUGGCAACUGCACGCCUCUGGGUUAGAACAGUCAGGGUGACUUCCUAAGCGCCGUGUCCAGAACAGCGUUGCUGGGGUUCAGAGCCACAGUCCCACUGAGCGUCCCUGCCCACCCCCUCUUCAGUCUCCUCUCUUUCCUGAGGCUGCCUCUCCUUGACACCUGUUCUAGGUAAUUGGGAGUAGGGGGGAAAUCAAGUUUAAUUCCUUUUAUCAGGGUUACUUUAUUAGGUUCCAACAGUUGAAUGAAAUCUGGUUUUUGGAGUAUCUGUGAAUUUCAGAUCUCUCUGCCAGCCUUGGCAUCAUUUUCUAGCAAUAAUCGAGGCAGGUAAAUUUAAAAAAUGUUUUAACACCUUCAGCCAACUUUGUAGAUGCCUCUCUGAAGGUGUGGUCAUUCAAUUUCUCUGGCAUGAGGACGUGAGCCCUGAUGUUCCCAGAGCUACCACUGGGGGUGGGGGUGGGGUGGGGACUUUAUUUUCCCAACAAUGUAUAAGCAUCGUGAGUUUCUUCCCCCUCGAUUACACAGUCAAGCAUCGUACUUGGCAGACGACACCUUCUCCCGUCCGGGGAAGGCAGAGCUGAGGCAGAGCCCGGUCGCCGGCCUGGCGGUGUCGGUGUCGAGGGGGAUGGACGGGUGCUCCUCCUCCCUCACUUCCAGGACGCAGCAACAGAGACCACGUCCUGUCUCCUCCCCAGUCCUGGCUCCAGGCUCACGGGAAGGCGCUAGUGCUCACUUUUCUAUGGGGGGGAAUUACAUUUAUUAUAAGUCUUUGUGUUUUCUACCUGUUUUACAAAAAUGGUGCAAACUUGAGAUUUUUGAUUUGCUUUUAAUCGACGCUGUCUCAGAGAAUUUGCUUUUGCCUUUCUCACCCUUUGACCUGUCUUGGAGGAUUUUGUGCUCUGCUGCUACCUCUCCUCACCCCCACCCCUGCACCACCCCCUUUUAAACCUAGGUAUCUCUUGGGUGACCAGAAUCCGUCAUCUUUUCUUCUGCUUUUAGAAUGUGGGAUAUUUCCAGUACCUACUUUUUUGCUGAAUCCAAAGAUAUAUAAAUAAAUAUAUUUUAUGAAGAUCAAAACAAUAUAAAGGAUACAUGUUUCUUCCUUUAAAAAACAGAAGUUGCAUUGUUAAUAUUCACGUUAAGGCCACUUUUUAAUUGCAUCUGGAUGACAAGGUGUAGCUACCCGUGUGCGGCGAGUCGGGAGGGUGCGGGUGCCCUAGACGCGCUCUGCCCCCGGGGCAGGUGCAGCUGGGCAAAAGCCAGACUGGGUGGCUCGUGCCCCGUGCGGAGGGGUGUGUUCCCAGUAGGACGUUCUCGGGAGCGCUCCCUCCAGGGUGGCUGCAACUUCACGCCUGCUGCAGAGGGACCCGAGUUGUUCUCAGCUGCAAGGCAAACUGUGCGGUAGUGAGCAUGGUGUUCUCGCUCUCCUCCCCGUCUCUCUCCAGUGUGUGGAAGUUCAAAGAAGCUAACGUCAGUCUGAGAGCAAUAUUCAAAUUCUCAGGAAUUAAGUACCAAGAAUGAAUUCAGUUUCAAUCAAGUUUACAUUAAGCACUGCUUUAAAAAAUUGUUCUUUUACCCUACAGAGAUUCGAAACCACAAGAGAUGACUGACGACAUGGGGUGGGUGGUGAACUGGGACUGCUUUGCUGGCUGUUUUAGAUGUCGCUGUAAAUAAAGGUUUCUACGUAAAGUUGGAGCCUAAGAGCUUUUUGCCUUUUUUUUUUUAAAUCCCAGUUGGAUUGAGGGUAAAAGAGAAGGUUAGGGAGGCCUAUUUAAGAUAAUGGUAGCAACUUCUAAAGUUAAAACAAAAACCAGGGAGCCUUUGAGCCAUGCCCAGCCUUGGCCAUUUGUAGAGUGAAUGGGUCGAUGGGGUUCACGCACACCCCACCCCCAGCUUCUGCAGGAAGCCUGGGCCGUCUGUGGCGCCGCAAGGCAGAGAGGGAACCGUUUUCCAGAACAGGAGGACCUGGGAUCCUCUCUGUCCGUUGUGGAGCGCCGUCAGCGGGUGCUGGCUGCCGCCUGCCACAUACACAGGUUGGCUAAGGGGGCGAACUGCUGGCAGCUGGAGUAACGUGAGGCGCCCUGUGAGGCUGCCUGCCGUCUGCUACCUUUUAGUCAUUGAUUUGCAACCACCUGCUCCCCCUUAAAAGUUCUGUAAACCUACCGCAUCUCCUUGCAAACCAGGCGCUCACUGUUGUAGCUUGGAUUCUUUAACAAACACAGCAGAAAACUCCUGAGAAUUAACAAAACAAGUGUUUCUUAUAACUGCUGGUCAUCAGCCGGGGCUUUGAACAUUGUAUGACAAUACUCAGCUACAAAAAUUCUUUACAAAACGAUCUCUAAAAUGUGGGACAUACAUACUUCAUUGCUUUUCAGUACCUGAAAACACAGUUCGGGGAUGGGUGACGGGGCGGGGGACGGGGUGUGGGCAGCAACGAACGGCCACAACGACGAGGGUUUCUUUGACACUGGCCACAGGGCGUUUAUUGGCGCGCCACUCUUGAACACGGGGGGUUCUGCGGGUCAGUCCCCGAACGGUCCCGUGUGGGUUACAGGGCGAGAGUCACGUAUGUACAGGGAAGGCAGCCGGCCAGGACGAUCGUGCUAGGUCCGUGUCGCCUGUCUUGUGCCACUGACUCACGGUCUCACUGUGUGCUGUCGCAGCAUCUGCCAGCUGCCCCUGCCGGUUUCUCAGUUCCUUCUUUGUGAUGAAUCAAAAGAAUACGAGGAUUUAAAACAGAGUCGUUUUCCCCCUAUGAUUAAAAAAAAAAAAAAUUCCAGUGACUUUCACCCUUGGGGGAAA